AUGGACUAUCCUGCCAAGGGGCAUGUAAGUGCUAUGAAGAGGACUGCCAAGGAACUUGAUGCUGUGUUAGGAAAUUGGCUGGAGGAACAUCUUAAGAAAAAAGCAGAUGGUGAUAGCGACUUCAUGGACGUGAUGAUGUCCAACCUUCCUGAAGGUGCUGAGAUGUCUGGCUAUUCUCGUCAUGUUGUCAUCAAGGCAACAGCUAUGGUACGUUGUCUAGAUGUGAAUAAUUAA